AUGAGAUGUGGCGCUCAUAUUUUGGGUUUAAUUGUGAGAGAUGGUCUUCAAGAGGUACAUGGUGCAAUCUUAAGGAUCCGAUCAGCUGUUAGGUAUGUUAGAUCUUCACCAAGUAGGCUGAAAAGGUUUAGGGAAUGUUUAGAGCAUCAAAAGGUUGAGACAAAGGCUGGUCUUUGCUUAGAUGUUGAGACAAGAUGGAACUCAACAUUUUUAAUGCUACAAUCUGCUGUGGCUCUCAAGAAAGGGUUUGAUAUGUUGGAGCUAGAAGAUGAGAAGUAUGUUGUAGAGCUUACUAAGAUCUGCAAGGCUGCACCAAGUGAUAGUGAUUGGGCUUAUGCUACUGCUUUAUCACCUAUCUUGCAGUAUUUUUAUGAUGCAACUGUGAAUAUUUCUGGAUCUAAAUAUGUAACUGGCAAUACAUAUAUGAAAGAAAUAUUCGGUGUGGGCUGGAUGAUUAUGAAGAUGGACACAAUGGGGGAUGAAUACAAGAAAGCUAUGGCUGAAAAAAUGAAGCUCAAGUUUUAUAAGUAUUGGGGCAAUUUUGACAAUACAAACAUGAUGAUCUAUGUUGCUGCAGUUCUUGAUCCGCAAUACAAAAUGAGAUGGGUAAAGUGGAUGAUUCAAGGUACUUAUCCUAACUCUGAGGCUAGUUGUUUGAUUACCAAGAUCACAAACGCUUUAGACAAAUUAUUUGAAUAUUAUACAUCUUUGCAAUUACAAGAAUCAGUGGGAUCCGAAGGUAAUGUAAAUUCAGGGUUAGAUCGUUCUAAGGACAGAACACAGAGACAUGUAAUGAUGGAUGAGAUGUUUGAUGAUGAGGAAAGUGUAGAGACUGAUUCAACAAAGUCAGAGCUGGAGUAUUAUUUGGAUUAUAUUCGAGAGGAUCGAAAGAAUCCUGAUUUUGACAUAUUGCAUUGGUGGAACACAACUGGAUCUAAAUAUAAGGUUUUGUCCCUGAUGGCAAGAGAUAUGCUGGCCAUACAUGUGUCAACGGUCACAUCAGAAUCUGCAUUUAGUGCAGAUUGGUACGGUGACAAUGAUGAAGAUUUAAGAGUAGAAGAAAUGGUUGUUGAGCUUGAGUAUAUUAAAUCUGAUAUCAAGGAAGAGGGACAUCAAGAUACAUCAAUAUUUUGA